ACGAAAACAUAAAUCAUAAGUCCACUACAUAGUUCUUAAACUCUUUUUCCACUUAACUAACUAAAUCUAGACGGUGAGACACAAUGGCUUCGACCAGACCGGUUAAUCGCCCAUCGGUGAGGCACCCUAGUCACACCCAUCCACUGCGUGUUUGUAAAGCCCGAGGUGAAGAUGAGAUGAUUUGCUCUGGAUGCGAGCUCGAGCUAACCGGACAGGCUUUCAAGUGUGCAAAGUCAGAUUGCGAUUACUUCUUGCACAAGUCAUGUUUUGACCUACCCCGUGAACUCAGUCACAAGUCUCACCCUGACCACUCUUUAACCCUUCAUCAUUCCUCACCUUAUGGUCAGCCUUACACGUGUGAUGCUUGUGGUGAGUACGGAUCUGGAUUCACUUACCACUGCUCUGCAUGUCAAUAUGAUGUCCAUGUAGGAUGUGCGUUUAUCCCUGAGAACGUGAAGCGGGAAGAUCACGAACAUCCACUCACUCUUCUCUACAACACACCAUGCAAAGGUCGUGAGGACGGUGCAAUGUUCAUAUGUGAUGUUUGUGAAGAAGAUAUGACAGAGAAUCUUUGGGUUUAUUACUGCAAAGAAUGUGAUUACGGAACACAUGUGCAUUCUUGCCCGGUUCAUGAAAAUCAUCAGCCAAAGAAAAGAGAAAGAGAAGCGAGUUUGGAAGCUUUAAGGAUGCAGUCGUUGAUGGCAGCUCAAGAUGAGCUGGCGGCGAUGCGUAUUAGGGAUAAUAUCAAAAAUUCUGUGAUCCAUUUUGGGGAUGAACCGAGAUAUAAAUGGGUUUAUGAAUGAAAAAUCAUACUGAUUUGACGAAGCUUGUGUUGUGGUUCGUUUGGGCUGUUGUAAGUUCUUUUCAUGUAAUUGUAUCUCUUAAUAAUUUUGGCUUAAUGAACCAUUCACAUAUAUGUAUUAAUGAGAGAUUAGAACA